CUCUUUUAACUUACCAAAAAAGCGCGAAAUAGAUUGAGAGGAGAGGAGAGGAGAGGAGAGAUCUAGGGCAUGAGGGAGAGAUAUAUCGGAGGUAAAUAUAAGUUGGGGCGGAAGAUCGGCAGUGGUUCCUUCGGAGAAAUCUUUUUAGCUACGCAUGUCGAUACUCGUGAAAUUGUUGCUGUCAAGAUGGAGAACAGCAAGACAGAAUAUCCGCAAUUGCUUUACGAAGCGAAACUGUACAGUAUUCUUCAGGGAGGAAGUGGUAUUGCUGCCAUGAAAUGGUGGGGAUUGGAUGGGGAGGAUAAUGUCCUUGUGAUCGACUUGUUGGGCUCAAGUCUCGAAGAUCUAUUUGACUAUUGUGGAAGGAAGUUUUCUCUCAAGAGCGUCUUAAUGUUGGCUGAUCAAAUGAUUUCAAGAGUAGAGUACAUGCAUUCAAAAGGCUACCUGCAUAGGGACAUUAAACCAGAUAACUUUCUUAUGGGUCUUGGUCAUAAAGCGAAUCAGGUCUACAUUAUUGAUUUUGGUCUUGCCAAAAGAUACAGAGAUGCCACCACAAAUCGCCAUAUACCUUAUAGGGAGAACAAAUUUUUUUUAGGAACUGCACGCUAUGCGAGUUGCAAUACUCAUCUGGGAAUUGAGCAAAGUCGACGGGACGAUUUGGAGUCUUUAGGCUAUGUCCUUCUCUAUUUUUUGAGAGGAAGCCUUCCGUGGCAGGGUUCAAAAGCAUCCACCGAGAAAUGUGAGAAGAAGUUAUCAACUCCAAUCGAAGUUUUGUGCAAGUCUUAUCCGGUGGAGUUUGUGUCAUACUUCCAUUACUGCCACUCUUUGACAUUUGACCAACGACCUGACUAUGGAUUUUUGAAGCGCCUUUUUCGUGACUUGUUUACUCGUGAAGGAUACACAUUUGAUUAUAUAUUUGAUUGGACUAUUCUAAAGUAUCCGCAAGCACAGAAGACGAAAUCCCAACCUCGAUUGUAUCAGCAAGCACAGAAGACGAAAUCCCAACCUGAAUUUUCUGUGAGUGCUUUGUUACUUGGUUGUCUGAUAAUAUUUUUGUUAGGUAACUCGAUUUUGUAGAAACAGAGGAACAAUGAAUGGAAGGGUGCGAUUACACCCAUAGGAGAAGCUCCCUUUUUACACACUUGUUCCUAUUUUUUUUUUUUAAUCCAUGUUUAGGCUUCAAAUUCAAGUUAUUUGUGAUCAAUAUCAUCAGCAAAU